GCUCGGGACUUGGUGAAGAGUGAACGUGUGCGAAAAUUUUCGCCGAAAGCCGGCGACCGCGUGUGCGAUACCAUCAAAACGAAAGUGACUACCAAUAGUCGACUCACAUAUUUAAUCUUUGGCAGUGAAGUUUAAAAACAUGUGUGUUUUUAGUUAGUGUUGUGUUAGUUCUUGUUUAUCGGAUAUCUGUGUCGAAGGUACCGAGGAGCAUCUCAUUUGAAACCCUAUUAUUAUCUACAUAAGGUACGCCACCACUGUGCACUGUGCAGCCAUUCACUACAAACACUGGACACAAACAUCAGUGUGACAACAUGUGGUCAGCUAAGAAGUGUUCGGACAACAGUGCAAGCACCCCCUCAGCUGAAGAGGAGAUCAAAGUGGUGCUGGUGGGAGACACCCAGUGCGGCAAGACGUCGCUGGUGCAGAGGUUCGUCUCUGACACCUUUAUUGAUGCCUACACACCUACCGGCUUCGAGAAAUAUGGCUGUUCCUGCACUGUUGCUGACUACAGAGUUAAUUUCUCCGUUUGGGACACAUCGGGUACAACGGCAUACGACACGGUGAGGCCGCUCGCCUACCAAGACGCGCGGGUGUUCAUGCUGUGUUUCAACAUCGCUGAACCCGAGUCCUUGCAUAAUGCUGCUGCUAAGUGGUACAGAGAAGUGAGAACACACGGCGGUUCGGCCCCGGUGCUGCUCUGCGGCUGCAAGGCUGAUCUGCGGCACGAGAAGGAGACGCUCACCAUGCUGUCCAAGCUCAGAACACAUCCAGUCACCAGCGAAGAGGCUUUAUCAGUAGCAAGACAGCUGGGAGCGAUGACCUACGUAGAGACAUCAGCUAGAGCAUCCACCAAAGGCGUGAAAGACGCCUUCGAAGUAGCCGCACUAGCCGCCCUCGGGAAACUAAACAAACAGCAAAUGAAGCAACAGAAACAAGUUGGCCGAAGCAAAAGCAAGCGUGAUCUUAAAGCGGAGCUGAAAGGGCGCGCGAAGAGCUGCUGCGUCAUGUGAUCCGUGGCCGGCCACCCCUCCCGGUGGCCGCACGACUGUUAGGCGACCACCGCCCUCCUUCCCGAACCCUACCGUUCCCACGAGGAACAGCGGGCCUAAGUAUACGCCUUGCGGAACACCCACGCGUAAACAUUCACUAGAAAAAUCCCCUAUUAAAAAGGGGGCAAAAAACACGACACAUAUAUUCAGUGUCAUCUUUCAACAUGUAUAAAGUGAAAUAACUACGUGAAAAGUGAUUAAAUAAAUCUUAUUCUAAGUGUGAUUCAUUAUCAAAAGCCUAAUAGAGAACUAUUAUUAUAAAAUGUACUGUUAAUGGGAGCGGAACGAAGUUCUUUGGAUUUUAGGUGAAGGUAUCAGUAAAAAAGGUGCAAUGUAAUUAUAGCCCUCAGGGCUGGAGCACGAGCCUGUGAUAAAGUUAAAAAUAGAAAAUUCGCGAGACAAAGUAGAAACGUUUAGAUUGAAUUAGAGGAGGCGACACGACGCUCAUUUCGGCAUUUGAUCACCAAUAACAGUUGAAACAUUGAAGAAUCAUGUUAGUUAGGAACAAAUAUGUGUUUUCAUAUACAUUGACAUAACGACGUAAGUAUAACUUGAUGUUUUUCUAUAAGAUAGCAUUUCAUAUGUCUAGGUUAUAAUGGAAGUUAUAGAGGCUCCGUUAUUUUGUGUAGGACCAAUGUUGCUGUUGAUUUUGAUGCGGUAGCUUGUUUGUUUUUAAAGCUACGAGCUGAACAUUUCCUUUGUGAUAUACAUACGUAAAUGUAAUUUAAAAAUAAUAAUGCACAAUGGUGGACAAUACUAAAAUACGGAGGUCCAUAUGCUAGUUAGUUUCACGUCCAUGUUCGCUAUAGGUGUUAGAUUUUUGUACGUUUACAAUAUGAAAUAAAUGUUGCUUGCCUGUAGAAGUUCGUGAACCAUUUUGUAAAUUAGGAUCAUAAUUCACUGUCAUUGUCGUAAUAAAUAUAAUAAUUUGCCUUUAAUAAUGUCUUUGCUAAAAUAUUAUAUUUUUACUAAGUGACAAAGUCCGAGUUUUAAUUUUCAAAAUUAAAAUGGUAAUUGUAAUAUGUAUUUAAAAUACUUUCCUUGUUUUGCCAACAAUCAUUAUUCGAAACAAAAUCGCAUAAAAAGAUCUGUAAUUUUGGCAUAAAAAUAAAAGCCACUGAGUGCUGUAAUUAUGUUUGCAAGUCACGCGUGUUAUGGCGGAGUCAGGAUUGCUUUCCUGCUCCCAAAUGCAAAGUAAACCCGAAAAAUUCAAACAAGCUAUGAAGAUGUUCAUGACAAGAAUUAAUAUUUAGCCAAGUUUAAGUUAAAAUAAAAUUAAUGGUUGUUGGCAAAAUCAGGUAUUAUUCAAAAUAAGUACAUUAUUUCUAGUUAGGUGAAAAAAUUCUACAUAAUAUUGAACAAUAAAUUAAAAACAUUAUUUUUAUUAUAAUUAUUUUCGAUUGUUUAAAGUAUUGUAAGUCGAUAUCAAGCUUUAAAUUCAAUGUUAGCUUUAAUUAUCAUUAUAUUUAAAUAUUUAAAUUAAAACAUGUACCUAGUUUUAGUAUUUUUUCAUUGAAAAAGAAAAUCGGACAACAUUAUUAUUUACCACAUUUUUUUUCUUUUUAUUUAUGAACGAUUGUACAUAUCAUGUAAGUUUUGUAUAAAUAAGAGCUCUGACAACAUUUUCGAAUGACUUUUUUUGCAAUUGGAAUAAUUAUUUUUCAAUUGAAAUAAUAAAUGAGUUUAUUUGGCAUGGCUUUAUUAAACUCUUGUUUACCAAAUUUUAAAUGUGCACGAAAAUAAAUGAAACUACGAAGUUAGUAAUUAUUUACGUAGAAAACGUAUAUAUUAUUUGGAUUUAUGUGCAGCGUAGCAGAUAACAACUUUGACUGGCAUUCAAUUAUCUCGAUUUAUUCGAAAGAAACGUGAUUACAUUUUCAUUUCAACUUCGUAAUUGGAUUUUAAGCUUUUCCAUUACUAUAUUAGAAACACUACUUAUGUGCAGACUUUGUUCAAUUUAUUUUUAAUCAUGUUUUAAAUAGAUUACCUACCUACAUUGCAAAAAAAAAUGUGCAUAUUGCCUUGUUUAAAAAAAUUGAAACAUCGUACAGUAUUUAUAAAAUUUUAAUGUUUUUAAUAAAAACAAAAUUUUUACUUUUUAAAUAAUUGAUUUUGUAGGUCGGUAUUUUAAUUGAUUGGCAGACUUGUAGGUAUAAUAUUGCCCUGGCUUUAUAAAAUUCAAAAUAUCGCACAUUUAUGUAUCAAAAUAUAAGUUAAUAUUUUUUAAUUAUUUCAAAGUAUUUACUCCACAUAAUUGUUUUUUUAGGUAGUUAUUAAAUUACACAAACAUAGAAAUUGAUUUAAAUUAUUUCGAUUGUAAAAAAGUAAAUUAGCGUAUGAAGUCAGAGUUUCUAAGAAUGCCUUAUAUGUUACUUCUUAUUGUGUAAACAAUGUUUUUUAAUACUAGACAAGUUAAAUUGACGUUAGGCCACUUUGAAUGUUGUUUCUAGAUAUCGAAUAUAGCGUUCAGUGUUUUUGAAAA